CGUUCUUUUUUCUUUUUUUUUUUUUUUUUUCCCCUACUUGUCUUAUCUCUUCCGACUUUAACGGCAUGCUGACCUCUCUUACGCGCGAAAAUAACCAUAUCUGUAAUAAUAUUCUCGACUCCGUAUCGUGCAAGAAAAUAAUUUAUCUCGAAGGUUCCUUUUUAUCGUCAUCGCGUACCGUGUUUCAUCAUUCACAUGUAUCUAUCUACACAACAUCAAUUCAAAUAUAUAUAUAUAUAUAUAUAUAUAUAUAUUCGCGUAUCGAGUCGCGUAGAGUAAGAACAGUAAACAAUUUCAAUUACGAAAAAAAUAUCGUAAAAUCGUAAUCAAACAACGCGUUCGAGUUUUUCUUUCUUGUGCAAAUAGUGCACGCGCGACGCGCGUCGAUAACGAACAUAUGAAAAUUCAAAAUUUAAAGGACAAGGGAAAGAUCGAUCGCCGACAAAAAUCGUUCGAACACCUCCUCCUCGAAAUCGGGGAAUAUCAAUUUCGUGGCUUCGAAACGAACAACCGACACAUUGUGUUUCUUACUUUAUCUAUAAUUAGCAAUAAUAAUAACAAGCCGCGCACACCGAUGCGUGAAAGCUAAUCGAAAGUGAAAAAAAAAUAUGGCAUUUACGUUAUGUAAAAGGCCGAUUUUUUUUAUGCUAAAUCCGAGUCUGAAAUAUGCCUCGUGUCACCGAGGUCAUCGUUGGAGAGCACUCGGCCGGUGCUGUAUACCGCUGUCGGCCUCAGCCAGUCAACGACGAAUCGGUACGGGGAAAAGACGAUGCUUCGCUUCGCCGUCCGUGCAAGAUCGGCCUGUUCGGAGAAAUGUUUGGAAAAAUGUGUGGACAGAUCGGUCCAGAAACGCGAGUUAUCCGCCUCAACCGCGAUUCUUAACGCGAGCUCGAGGCGUGCGGCGCACGAGCCGCGUUUAAGAUGUUUGAUCGAUUCCGGAACGCGGUCAAACGAUACUGAAGGCCGCAGCCGUCGUGCCUUGUCAACGACGACAACGCCAACAACGACGCCAAGGAAAACGUGCCUCUACGACCUUCACGUGGAAAAUCGAGGUAAAAUAACCAACUUUUCCGGCUGGUUGUUACCGGUCCAGUAUCAAGAGGCGAUAGCCACAUCUCAUUUGCACACGAGAACGUUCGCCUCGUUGUUCGAUGUCGGUCACAUGUUGCAAACCAGAGUCUCUGGGAAAGACGCCACCCAAUUUCUGGAAUCUCUGACCACCGGCGACUUGAAAAAUUUGGGCAACGGCUGCGCCGUUCUCACCGUGUUCACAGACGAGAAUGGAGGUAUUCUGGACGAUUUGAUCGUUACGAAAGACGGCGAGGAUAAAUAUUUUCUGGUAUCCAACGCCGGAAGAAGAAAGGAAGAUUCUCGAUUGCUCCUUCAACAACAGGAGAUAUUUCUCACGCAAGGAAAAUCGGUGAGCUUGGAAUUUCUAGAUCCGUUGAAGCAGAGCCUCGUGGCGUUACAGGGGCCCACAGCUGCUUCGGUUCUUCAAUCGAUCGUUGACGUCGAUUUGAGGAAUCUAAGAUUCAUGAACAGCGUGGAAACCGAGAUGUUGGGAGCUCGGAUAAGGAUAACGCGUUGCGGGUACACGGGGGAGGACGGGUUCGAGAUCUCGAUACCGGUUCAAAUAGCGCGUACCUUGGUGAAAAUGAUUUUAAACACACCUGACACGAAACUAGCCGGAUUGGGAGCUAGAGAUAGUCUAAGGUUGGAAGCCGGUCUUUGCCUCUACGGGCAAGAUAUCAACGAGAAAAUAACACCGAUCGAAGCUGGGCUUGGUUGGCUAAUAGCUAAACGAAGAAAAGCGGAAGCAAAUUUUCCAGGUGCGGCGAAGAUACUUCUACAGAUCGAGUCGGGGAUUAAGAAGAAGCGGGUAGGAAUAACGGUUGUGAAUGGGCCACCAGUUAGAGCGGGAGCGUGUAUAUUAACGCCGGAAGGAGAACGAGUUGGCAACAUCACUUCCGGUGGACCUAGUCCAACUCUCGGAAGUUACAUCGCUAUGGGAUACGUGCCACCAGAAUUGGCCGAAUACGGCAAAGGGGUUUUGGUCGAGGUCCGAGGAAAAACUUACAAAGCUAAAGUCACGAAAAUGCCCUUUGUCAAGACGAAUUAUUACACUGGAAAAUGACCGACACGAUGUAUAUUCUUUCAUGUAUAAAAUUCGAUCGAAAGGUGGAUGAAGAAUUCCUCUCUUAAAUAUUCUUUUUUCACUUUCGAUCCCAUUCGAAAGAGCUCAUCGAUGAACUUUCUUUUUUUCGGAAUGAAAGGAAAAAAGAUUAUUUAAGGAAAGAUUAUUCGUAAAGAAUAAUUGUAUUCGUAAAAAUUCUGUAAUGAAAUUGUAAUUGGAAAAAAAAGAACGUCACAGAAUAACGAAUACGAAUUAUUCACGUAAAUCAAAUUAUUAUAUAUAUUAUCAAAAUAAAAGAAUUUAAACUUAUUACACGAGACGAGAAGAAAUGCUUAUUCUCGUAUUACAGAGUCCUCUGUGAAUACGAGUACGAAUUAAAUUCACGUCGAUAAAGAAGCAAGUUUAUCGACUUGAAGGAAAACCUGUACAUACUACGUAUGAUAUAAAAGAGUUCUACUAAUAAAAUUUACCUUUUAUGAUAAAAUAAAUUUAAAAUAAAUAGUUGAAUACAAAUAUACAAAUAUAGAAUAUUUGUAAUUUAAUAACUAGAAUAUCAACAGGAUAAUAAAUAUUUCUAUGAAAAUAUA